AUGAUCUCCACAACCCUGAGCACCAGGCUCUUCACAAAAGCCCUCGCCCUCCUCUUGCUCAUCACCCCGACCCUCGCCGGCGUGAUCCCCUCCACCCGGUCCGCGAGCACCCCCGGCGAUGAUGAACCCCUCCCCCGCAACCCGCGGCGCAUAGGCUUCCUCCUCCCGCGCUCCUUCGACGUCAUCGACGUCUUCGGACCCCUCGACAUCCUCCAAGCCGUCUCCCGCAAAACCCACCUCGAGCUCGUCCUCCUAGCCCGCACCCUCGACCCCGUCGACACCGCCCCCGUCAGCGCCGGCAUGAACCCCUUCAACUCCACCUUCUUCCCCCGCAUCGUGCCCACCCACACCUACGCCGACAAGCCCCAACUCGACGUCCUCUUCGUCCCUGGCGGCGCGGCGGCGCGGAACCCUGACCUGGAGCCGGAGUUUGAGUAUCUUCGUGAGGUGUUCCCGGAGCUGCAGUAUUUUGUGACGAUUUGCACUGGGGCCGGGAUUGCGGCGCAGGCGGGCGUGUUGGAUGGACAUCGGGCGACGACGAAUAAGGCGGCUUGGACGAGUAUGACGCCUAAGGGACCGAAUGUGAAGUGGGUCUCCCCCGCCCGCUGGGUCGAAGACGGCAAAGUCUGGUCCUCCUCAGGUGUCACCGCCGGAAUGGACCUCACCUUUGAAUUUGUCCGGCAAAAGUACGACGACGGCGAGAACCUCGUCAAGACCAUUUCCGGCAGCAUCGAACACACUGUCAUCACUGAUUGGCGGGACGAUCCGUGGGCGGCGUAUUAUAACGUCCCUGUCACGAACUAG